UGUACGGGCCUAAAGCAGGGUUAAAAAUGGCUGGUCUUAAUGUCUCAUUUUGCUUUUUCCUAGCUAUUCUUAUUGUUUGCGAAGCUACCAGAAGGCUUUCUAAAAGGUUUCUCCCUACUAUCCUACACUCCAGCCUCAUUGCUGAGUUGGCCUGUGCAUUUCAGCUGUGUUCAUGCUGCUUUGAGCUGAGAAUGCUGGCAGAUAUUGGGCCCUGGGGUGGUGGAUUUGGAAUGGAUGUAACAAUGACUUUACUCUUCCUCCUUUUCUUGAUCCAUGGAGUUACUUUUGGUGGUGCUUCAGCCAACCCAGUUGUGUCCCUCCAGGAAUUCCUACUCCUUGAAGCAUCUUUCAGGGCUACUGUCCUGAAACUCUUAGCCCAAUUUGCUGGUACAGAACUUGCCAGAGCCAGCUCAAAAUACUUUCUGUCAUUUGAGCUGACAGAACUCCAUAUGAUUCAAAACAUGAUGGCAAUAGACUGUAGCUCUUCCAAUCAGACAUCAGUUUACCAUGGAAGCUUUGUUGAAGGUGUGUGUGCUGCCCUAUUCUGUUUUGUAAUCAUGCGUUUCCAGUACAGUCAUUUCCUGUACCGAAUUCCAGUUAUGGCCCUCACAGUUACUACUCUGGCUUAUACAGCCGGUUCAUAUACUGCAGCAUUCUUCAAUCCUGCACUGGCCUAUUCUGUCACUUUCCAUUGCUCAGGCAACACCACGCAAGAAUACAUGAUUGUUUACUGGCUUGGACCUUUUGUAGGAAUGCUGGUCGCCCUUUUCUUAUACAAUGGGAAAAUUCCCAGGCUAUUUCAGAAGAACAUGUUAUAUUCAGAGAAGGCAAAAUACAAAAUUCCAAAAGGGAAAUCAGUACAGGGAUCUGCAGACAGCAAGUCCAAGACACAGCAAAAUGUAUCAGGAAAGAAUAAUUCCACUAUGCCAGAAUCUGCCAGCACCAAGUCCGAAUCUGUAAAAAAGGCCGAAAAGUGUGAAUGAUGGAAACAUAGUUGUUAAAGGUGCUGCUUCAGAUCUGAAAUCAAAUUCUCAAGAGCUGGCCAUCGAUAGAAUGGCAAAAACCACUGUCCUUGAUUUAAGACAUGGAGAUAGAGAGAGAUAGUGUUGAGUGAAGUUUACUUUAAAUGGCUGUGGAGCUACAGCAGUCUUAUAUACGUACAUACAUAGAGUUACAUAUUAUUAUUAUUUAAUUGAAUAUACUGUAUUGUCUUCUUCUAGCUUUGAACCUGCUUUACAAUAUUUUGUAAAAUGAGGUAACUGCAAAGCUUAUUUUCAUUCAAUGUGUGUGCAUCAAGUUUCACAUCAGAACAAAUUUCAAAGGCAUUUGUGGAAUUAUCACAGGUGUCCACUGAAAGUGUGUUGCAUCACAAAAUAUGUGUUAAAUCACCUAGCAGGAGGUGAAACCAACAUAAUAUCAAUAUUAGCAAGACAUUCAAAAACAUUAUUAGGCAAGCAAUAAAUACAGUUUGUUUA